AUUUUCUUCUGUUCCACACAGGAUUGUAAGGAAUCUUGUCCACAGUUCUUAGAAUGACUGAGGACGAGUGGAUUUCAUUUCCUUUUGAACAGAUCUAUAUCCCUAUCAUGGCCUGUGUCCUGUUGCUGUUCUGCUGCUCUAUACUGUUCAGAGGGUGCUGUAAGAAGGUAGCAGCUCAGACAAGCUCCUCAGAGAAUGCGGCAGUUUACGUCAUUCCUCUCCAACAAGACGACUCACCCCUCAACACACCCUUCCCUACGUAUGACUUCUCCAGCCCUCCACCAUAUGACGAGGUUGCUAUGAAGCCCUACAUGUUUCCUUUCCCUGAAGGUCCUCCGCCACCCUACUCUGAGGACGGACCCCCUCAGUCCCCAGUAUUGCAGCUCAGGCGCACAUCCAACCUCUGAGAGGCCCCAGGGGCCAAAGCGCUGUGUUUCCACUGGGCCCUGGCCCACCCCAAAGCAUGGUGGGUCUGGACUGACUGCACAGAGAAAUGCGGCCUCUCUUGUCCACUCUAUUAUGGAAAAUAGCACUGCACCACAACAGGAAGUAAGACAUUUCCACACAGCACUGAGGACUGCUUUUCUGCUUUGUUGUCAAACCAUUCCAAGUAUUAAAUACAUCCAUAAGAUCUCUCUCUCACUUAGAAUCGCAUCAAGUAGCCCGAUCACGGCUCCAUAAAUGCUAUGACAUAUAUAUGGCUUGGAAAAUAAUACUUAAUGGUGUUCCAGCCAUCAGAGGAGCAGGAAGUGAUGGAAUGCCAGUAGCUGCUGUGCCCGGAUCUACCCUGCCAUAUCACAUGACCUCACAUUCCUUUGCAUUCGUGAUAUAAGGACUCCAGUACUGCCCAGGCACUUAGUGAGACUGCUUUUGCAAACCCAGUGGAAACAUGCUGCUAGUGUCCUGAAGCUCACAAAGAGGAGGCUGCACUUUGCUACAAACAGCUUGUUCUGACAAAAAGGAGGGAAUGGAGGCUAUAUAGAUCAGUCCAGUUCUCACCUAAAUAACCAGGACCAUCGCCACAGUAUAGCCACUGCAAGGAACCCAGACUGGACUACAGAGCAUGCCUUUCUGAUGGGUCUGAGGCACGGACGCACCCUGAAAUCAAUCUCUGAAGACAUUUUCUGUGGUGAAGCUGCAAAACGUGAAGUGACUAAUUUAUUGUUUUUACAAAGUCCCCCGCAGACUAGCUGCAGAGGUAGAACAAAAUGGAGUUGUAAAACCUGCUGCUUUCUCUUAGAAUGGAAUAUUCCAAAAGCAAUAUUACAAGUACAUAAAAGUUGCAAUAAAAGUAGUGUCCCAGAGCAAUGAAACAAAGACAUUGUACAUAUUGUUUUAUAUUUUACAGAUCUGUCUUAUAGUAUUACUGCUGAAAGGCAGCCAAUCAAUAAUAAACAUGAAAAUA